ACCAUGUCACGCUCGGACAAGCGGGGUCUCUCGCCAACAUAGAAUCAAGCAAUAUUCCUUCAGCAUUCCCAAGGGAACGGCUGUUUGUCACAAAAAUAGACAUCUCACUGCACGUCGCGAGUCAGGGGAGACAGAUGAUAAACACGCCUCUCCCUUGCAUUAUUGAGCUGUCAUACAAAUAGUACCGACGCCACCUCGAUUUGUCACGAUGCUCACCCCCCAGAACGCCGACCACUCGAGCGCAGGAACUUUCGGGAAGAAGGCAAUUUUCUGACUGGUUUUCGAGGGGGAGAUGAUGCGAUAUCAAAUUUGAACGUGUCACCACCGAGUGUGGCCACUGGUCAGAGCUGCGUUUCGGGACAAAUCUUCCACAUCCGUUUGGACUAGAGACUUUGAUGUAGGAUAUUCACGGAUAGCAUAUGGUCUGCCCUCGAUAGGUACGAACGCGGAUUGAAAAAGCAAAGUCCAAGGACUAUAGGAAGAAUGGAGGCAAUGCGGAGUAGAUACAGAGCCAUCCAUGCUCAUAUAAGAUUGCCUCUGGUCCACGGGAUACCAUCACCUACCUCCUAUCUGAAUCUCUGCAAUCUGAUUUGGGACUCUGAUCAUGGACUUGAGCAAAACCCCAGCAGCACCGCCCCCGCCGGGGGUGACCCCCAAUUUCGACAAUCCUGAGGGCUCUGAAUAUGAGAUCUACUCGAUCAGUAUUGCCCUAUGUAUGACCGCGACUCUGACCUUGAUGGGUCGCCUUUAUACCCGUGCUGUGAUAUUGCGAGCAGUCGGUCUCGAUGACUGGUUAUGUAUUGGUGGCCAGAUAUGUGCCUGGAUCUUCACAGUCCUGAGUAUCAUCAACAUCAGAAACGGCUACGGGGUCCACAUCUGGGACUUGCACCUAGACACGUUAACCCCCUUCAAGCAGUAUGAUCUCGUCGAAGAGGACAUCUACGCCCUCGGGGUGUGGUUCGUCAAGACAGCCAUCCUAGUCUUCUACCUGCGUCUCAGUCCCGAAAAGCGCUUCCGCCAAAUCACCUAUGGCAUCAUCGCCUUCGUCGCUAUCUAUACCCUGGUCAGCCUCCUCAUCUUCACCCUGCCAUGCCGACCCAUCGCCGCUACCUGGGACGUCACCCUCUUGGCGGACGCCAAGUGCAUCAACCAGUUUGAUUUCGUCUAUGCCAACGCGGCUUUCAAUAUCCUUUCGGACCUGAUGGCCUUGGUCCUGCCCAUCAGACUGUGCUGGAACUUGCAGGCCACCUUCAAGCAGAAGCUGCUGCUGAUGUUCCUCUUCGCCAUGGGUUCUUUCGCGUGCGUCGUCGCCAUCAUCCGAGUCGUGACAAUGAUGCCCUUUAUCAACAGCAACGACUUCACCUGGUUCAAAGUGACCCUCGCCAAAUGGUGCAUGGUCGAAAUCAACGUCGGCAUCAUCUGCGCCUCGCUCCCCGCCCUCCGUCCCCUCCUCAUCCGCACCCGCAUUUUCAGCGCCCGAGAUAUGAGCGCCGAACCCGAUAGCCGAGAUCUCCCGAAGUCCUCGCGGAAGAAGGUCAGCCGGUCGUGGAACCAUAUCACCGAGCUGGACAGUCAGCGGACGCUGCAGGGUGGGCCGGAGGGGGAUGUGGAGAGCGCUAUCCCUCAGGACGGUGAUAACUCUGAGUCUGACGGGGUAGACCGUACGAUUGUCAAAUCGACAGACUUAGAGGUGAGUUAUGAGAAGGACAAUCCGCCUCGAGUAUAAU